AUGGCCUCGCUGGUAAGCUUCGAUGAGAUGAACCCGAAAGCAGUGAUCGCCUCGCCGAGGUCACUUCAAGCCUGUAAACAGGAGGGUGUCCUGCCGCAAGAGUUGGUUUUCAAGCCCUUCGAGGCUUUCCAAGACAGGAACCUCUCUCCGAGGCUGCAGAAGCUUCGCUUCGACUUCUUUGAAGCCAAGAGGCGCGAUCUCCUCGCGGCAGCGCGGAGAGCCCGUGAUGGCAUUAUGUCCGACGAGCACAGGGAGAAAGAGAGCAGCAACCAACAGCUGGCGCUUGUCGCCAAAGAAAGUGGGCUCUCGAAAGGUGCUAUCCUGGCCUUGAAUAGCGACACCUUGAAGCUUGAACGCCAGAAGUUGCUUCGAGCUCAGGAGACCGAAAGGAGUUGGCUGAAGAGCGCCUUGAACAGCGAACUGCAUCAGCUCAAGCAGCUUGAGUCCGCGAACCAGACGCUCUCCGCCGAAGCAGAGGAUCGACUGGACAAGAUAAGAGAGCAGUCCCGCAAGAUGAAAGAGAUGAAUGACAAGAGAGCGGAGAUGGAGGAACGCAAGCAGAUGGAAAUGGAAGCCAGGCAAAAGUUGGAGAAACAGCUUGCCAAAGAAGAGUUUCACAAGCAGCAGCUCGAGCUGCAGAACAAGCAGAAGGAAGACGCGAAAAGACUCAAGGAAGCCUACGAACGGCAAGUGAGAGAUGCCGAGCGCAAGCGGCAGAUAGAAAGAGAGAAGGCAGAGAAACGUGAGCAAGAGUAUCGGGACUUGCAGGCUCGGAAAGACGAAAUGCGGGCACAAGAUCAAAGGAGAAUCGAUCUGAUGGCGCAGAAGCAGGAAGCCUUCCGUGAGCUUUUGCGGGAUCGCAAGGAUGCUCGCGACAUGAAAAUCUACAACAGCAUUCAAGCCAAUCAAGACAUUGAGCAUAAGAGGCGCGAAGAUUUCGAACGGAAGCAGUCCGAGGAGAUGGAGCGAGAGGAGCGGCUGAUGCAAGCUUUGGCGCUGAAGCAAGAGGAAAGUGCGAAAAGGUCGUUUCAGACGAUGAUGCGGCGGAAAGUCAUCCAGGAAGAGGCGGCAAGGAAGGCCGAGGAGCGUCGCGGUGCCAUCCUCGACCAGCAAGAAGAGACAGAAUAUCGCCUGAUGGAGCACGAGGCAAAGAAGGAGCGAUACUUGGACUUCAAGCGUGAGUUGGAUGCCCUUAGGGCCAAGAACAAAGAGAUCAACGUCGAGCGCCAGCGGAGGCGCGAAGAUGCAGAGCGUGAGGCUAUCGCUGAAGCUGUCAAGAAGAAGGAUGAGAAGAUCGAUCACAUGCAUGCAGAGCGGCACAGGAUGUGGGAGUUGAGACGCGCUGCCCAAGCAGAGGCAUACAAAGCUAGAGCACAGGUGAAGGACGAGAUAUUGAGGCAGCGCAUCGCAUCGAAGUUUGACUCAAAGAAGCUGGAGGUCAAGCUCGAGUCCGUCAUGCAGAGCGACCUCUUCAGCGCCAAGGUUCUCCAAUCUAGUCACUCCGUGCCAUCGAUGAUGGGUUCCCACCCUGCCAGCCGCUGA